GAGGCGGAGGCUGAGGCGGCCGCUCCCGCUGCUGCUGCUGCUGCUGCUGCCGCCGCCGCCGCCGCCGCCGCCGCCGCGGCUGCUCCGGCUGAGCGCGCCCCGAACAGGCCGCCGCGCUCCGCGCCCGGGACCCGCAGCUCCCGCCAGCCGGCCGGGUCGGGCGGCCCAGGGCGGCACCUUCUUAUUUCUCCCCAGCCACAGCCUUCCCUAACAGUUGAGCACCUGUUUGCCUGAAGUGAAUUUCCAGAAGCAGGAGUCCCAAGAGCUGGGCCAGGGGGAUGAACCGUGAAGGAGCACCCGGGAAGAGUCCGGAGGAGAUGUACAUUCAGCAGAAAGUCCGAGUGCUGCUCAUGCUGAGGAAGAUGGGAUCAAACCUGACAGCCAGCGAGGAGGAGUUCCUGCGCACCUACGCGGGAGUGGUCAGCAGCCAGCUCAGCCAGCUGCCACAGCACUCUAUCGACCAGGGUGCCGAGGAUGUGGUGAUGGCGUUUUCCAGGUCGGAGACGGAGGACCGGAGGCAAUAGCUGUAAACUCCUUGGAACACCCUGGAAGCUGUCAAGGGCCAAGAGAUCUGUGUGGCUCCUGGGCUGGCUGAGUGGCAGCAGACCACCAUCCCUCCCUCCCCCUACUCCUACCCCUCAGCCCCCCAACAGCCAUUGCCACAGCCGCUCAGCAGGGCUGGCAUCAAGGGAGACACCAGUGGUGCGUUUUCGAUUGGCUUAAAGGGAUGGACUCGUGAUUGGCUUCAGGAAGAAACCUUUUUAUUUUUAAACCUUGACCAAUGGAAACCUUUUAUUUUUAUUUCUGACUCUUAUUUUUUAAAAAAUUUGCGCCUCGGUAUCAGGCUUCCCAGGAAGCUCUCCGGGCUCUGGUGCUUUAUUUAGGUCAUAUUUUAGAAAUGUGAAGAGGCCCAAUUGGCUGCUUAAACUGGAAAAGGAUUAUGAUUGGCUGACAGUGGGAAAUGGUCUUUUCUUUGAUUGGCUGCAGGUGUCCUGCUGGUAUCAACAGCUUCUUUAUUCUCAAUGCAGAAAACAGGGUUUGGGACAUUGGUUGUUAUAUUUGACUUGAAAAAAAAAAAAGAAAGAAAGAAACCAAAUGCGCUUUGCAAUGUUUAUUACACAAACAGCUUGCUGCUGC